GAAACCUUCCCGGCUAUUAAGCUUUUUGAAAUCUUUUUGCUGUCUUCUUCGGAUUUCUUUCGAAAGGACUGACAGUAAGAAUGGAUUACAAAAAGGGGCCAACAGAAGAAACGCUUGCUGAGGAAGAGCACAUGAUAAUCCUUCCUAUUUCUUCUCCACUUUACCCGCUGCCUGAAGAGAUAAUAAAGAUGGAGCACAAUGAGACCAAGUGCGAUUACUGUGGUGUAAGCUACCUGACUUUAUAUGAGAAUCGUCAGCUCCAAACUAAGUUGGCUCAGUCAGAGGCUAAGCUCCAGGAAUGGAAGGAGACUGCCCAGAGGGAAAAGGCCCAACUGGAGGCACGGGAGCUGAACAGGCUGGAACAGGAGAGGGAGCUUCAGGCACAAGCUGAAGUCAGGGAGAAAACCACCAGAGAGGAGCUGGAGAAAAGGUACCAGGACAUGAUGAAAAUUCAAAAAGAUGAGUUUGAAGCCAUAUCUAAUAGAACGAGGCGUAAGAUGGAAGCGGACCAUCAAAAAAUUCAAAAAAUCAUAGAAGAGAAAGAAAGACAGCUUAGAAGGGAAAUUGAAGACUUGAUGGUGGAGGAACUAAGAAAGCAGAGGGAAGAACUGAAGAAGAGUGCUGAGGAGAGAGAAACUGUUCUGAGGACUGACCUUCAGAUGGCCAAGGAAAUUUCAGAGAACCUGAGAAAAAACCUUCAUGAUCUCAGAAAGAGGCUGGGGACAGCAGACAACAUGAAGGAUAAGGCAGAAGAGAAACUUGGAAAAGAGAAGCAAAAUGUUGAAACACUCAGAGGUGCGUGUGUGCGGCGGCAGCAGAUCCUCCGAAAAACUCUGACCGUUCUCCGCCUGUGUGGCAGCGGGUUCACAGACUUACAGGGUUUCCUUCGUCAGCUGACUGGGGCUUGGCAGACUUGCAGUUCCCAGAUUUUGCAGCACUGCAGACAGGGCUUUUCAGAGCUGAGCGAAGAGCUGCUGCAUUCCACUGUGGAGCUUCAGAAAACGAAAGAAGAGAAAAAUCACCUAACUCAGCUGCUGAUGGAACAGAAGACGCAGUGGGAUGAGCAGCUGUUUAAACAGGAAGAGACUGAGAAGGAAUACGGACAGAAACUGCACAGAUUAACAGAGGAAGUAGAGGAGGAAAAUAAGAAGUGGUUGUUAUGUCAACAAAGGUGUGAUGCCAUGGAGAAGCAGCUGUUGUCAUGGGAACAGAGAGAGGAAGAACUAAACCAGAAGUGGCAUGCAGCUGGAGAGGAAGUGACGCAAACUAGGGAAGUUCUGGAAAAAAUUCAGCAGGAAAACAAGGAGCUGAUCAAAGAAAGAGAUAUUUUGAUUGAGUCUCAUGAUCGAGCCAUGAUCAGCAUGAAGUACAACCACAGCAAAGAACUUGCCUCGAUGCUGACUUCUUCUCUGAAAGAAGAACGACUUCAGAGUUCUUUGCACCUACAGACGAAACUAGAAGAGCUUGGUAGGGAGGUUGAUCUACAGCUGAAGACAGAGAGGGAAAAGAGCCAGGCGUUGCUUUCAGAGCUUCAGCUAAAGCUGGAGGAGGAGAGGCUGACGGUGCAGCGCCUGAGACGGGAACUUCAGCAGGAGAGGAAAGGCAGAGACGAUGAGAGGAGGAAAGAAGAGGCAGAGAGGAGAGAGGAGGAGGGACACCGACAGGGGGAACAAAAACUGAAGAAGGCUACAUCUGAACUAGCUCUGAUAGCUGAGAAGAAUGCCACACUUAAGGAACAGGUGGAAUUUCUCCAGGAUACGGUAUGGAAGGAGUGUGAGGAGAGGGAGGAGCUGACUGCUGCUCUGUCUCAAGCCCAGCAGGAGCUUUUCGGGCUCCAAUCCAUAAUGUCUCCCAAGAGUUCUGCCGGGUCUUUUCCAGACCCCCAGGAGACGCAGGCAACCCCGGGCAAUGAGCAUGUUUAUCUCCAGGGUAACGCUGGAGGGCCUCUUCCUCGCUCACCAGCCUCACUCCAGCCCCCCUCUGCCUGCACAGACAAAGACAGAGGCCUGCAUAUAGAAAUGGUGGGAGCAAAGGAGAGUCUAAAGUCCAGAAUGGGUGGUGGAGCUGUGGGUGGAGCGAAAAAGCAGGAGGGGAAGCUGCCUAGACUGAAAACAAGCACCAGAGAGAGGGAGGUCAGACGCAAGGUCAGAUUAAUGAUGGGGAAAACAGAAAUGCUCUAAAAACUGAAUGAAGAUGUUUUGCAAGAUUAAACAUGUGACCCAAAAAACAGAAUUUUCUUUUUGUUCUCAAUCAACUCUUAGUAAAAUCAUUAGUAGUAGUAUUUUCUUGUUCAGUUAAGAGUCUCGUGUCCUUUCCAUCACCUCAUCUAAAA